AUGGAGAAAGGCUCCAUUUUUCACACGGUCAACACCGAGUCUCGAGUGAGAUUUCCCGUCGCGAAUCCCCACGCGUCCCCUCGAUUCCCGAGAGAGCCCUUCGAAAACUGCAAUGUCGUAGCACCGAAGUCAGAGCCGGGGCCGGUAACAUGGCUCUCGCUGCCGCGGAAAGACCAACUUGCAAUCCUCUUCCUCUGCCGGAUGGUCGACUUCUUGCAAAUCGCGUCUCUGCAAGCAUACGUCUUCUAUCAGCUGAAGAGCUUCGACGCUUCGUUGUCUGAUGCGGCGGUUUCGACGCAGGCAGGCUUGCUGCAAGGCUGCUUCACCGGUGCGCAGGUGUUGACAGCGGUGCUCUGGGGAAAGGCGGCAGAUGCGAGGUGGUGCGGACGGAAGAGGGUGUUGCUGAUAGGACUCGGAGGAACAGCAGUCUCGUGCAUCGGAUACGGGUUCGCGACCACAUUCUUCUGGGCCGCAUUUUGGAGAGUUGUCGGAGGCGGGAUCAAUGGGACCGUCGGAAUCAUCCGGACAAUGAUUGCGGAGAUCACCAAGGAGAAGAAAUACCAGUCGCGGGCUUUUCUGAUCCUGCCCAUGAGCUUCAACGUCGCAGCAAUCCUGGGACCGAUGAUGGGAGGACUGCUCGUGGAUCCUGCCACGAAUCUACCCGAGAUGUUUGGACCUGGGGCAUUUCUCGGGUUCAGCUGGGUUCAGAAGUAUCCGUAUGCACUGCCGAGUGUUUUGAACGCCCUUUUCCUCUCCAUAACGACAUGCAUCGUCUUCUUCGGCCUAGAAGAAACUCUCAAGGCGCGCAGAGGGAGAUUCGAUCUCGGUCUACACCUCAAAUUCCGCCUCUCGUCCUUCCUCCGCUCCAAGUCCAGCAUCUCGGGCUACUCCCGACUCCAAACAUGGGAUGGCCCCGAGCCAGAAAUGCAGAUGUUCGAAGCAGCUAAACCCCGACUCAAGAGAAUAUUCACGCAAACGCUCCCCUUCCGGCGUAUCUGGACGCGCAACGUCAUCUUCACUCUGGUCGCAGGCGCGUUCUACGACUUCCACCUGGGGGCUUUCGCCAACCUCUGGACGCUCUUCCUCAGCAGCCCGCGCUGCCUCGCCACGGAGCCACCCGGCCAUCGCCUCCCCUUCGCCUUCACAGGCGGCCUCGGGAUGCCAGCCUCGACCGUCGGCCUCGCCACGUCCAUCCUCGGCCUCCUAGGCAUGGUCCUCCAGAUCUUCCUGUACCCGCCCGUCCACGCCCGCCUCGGGACCCUGCGCUCCUUCCGCGCCUUCCUGCUGCUGUUCCCCCUCGCCUACUUCUGCGCGCCGUACCUGUCGAUCCUGCCGUCGUCGACGGCCGCUCCCGCCGCGGCCGCGGGCGCGCUCAUCUGGAUCGGCAUCACCUUCGUGCUGCUGCUGCAGGUCACGGCCCGGACCUUCACGCUGCCGGCGAGCAUCAUCCUCUUGAACAACUGCAGCCCGCACCCGAGCGUGCUCGGCACGCUCCACGGCGUCGGGCAGAGCGUCAGCGCUGCCUUCCGGACGCUGGGGCCGGUGGUCGGCGGGUGGUGGUACGGUGCUGGUCUGGAGGCCGGCGUGAUCGGCGCCGGCUGGUGGGGGGUCGCGGGUAUAAGUGGCCUGGGGUGCGUGGCUGCCUUCUGGCUGUACGAGGGGAGCGGACAUGAGAUCCUCUUGGACGGGGAGGAAGCGGAGGCUCUGUUGGGGCGGAGGGAGAUACCAGUGGUGAAGGUGGAGAGGCUAACGGAGGAGGAGUAA